AUGGGCCCCGCCCCCGGAAGCGGGGAAACCCGGAGGCGCCGUGACGUCACGGUGGUGGGCGGGGUCGCGGCGCGCGCGGGUGUGACAUCCCACGCUCCGGGUGCGACACCAGCGGUGACGUCAUCGUCCCCGUGUGACGUCACCGGCACUGUCACCAAGCAGUGUGACACACCGGUGACGUCACCACCGCCCGCGUCCCCCGCGGGUGGCACCGCCCCAGCCGUGUCCCCGCGUGUCGCUGUCCCCCCCCCGCCCCCCGCGCACCUGCGGGUCCCUCCCUUUGAUGUGGCGGCGGCGCCGGGGGGGGACCCGGGGGGACCCCGCGGUGACAACGGCGGGGACGCGCAGGUGGCCCCGCGCCACCCCCAACCCCCGGGGAACGGGGGCCGGGGGCCCUGGCGGCUGGGGACCCUCAUGCGGCGGGUGCCGGUGGGACUGAGAUGCCCGCCUUACCGGCAGCCCCCGGUGCCGCCGGUGUUUCCCGGUGCCCCGGAUUUCCCCGGUGCCUCCGACGCGUUGGGGUGCCCCCGGUUCUCCCGGUACCCCCGGUACCCCCCGGGUUCGGGAGUGCCCCGGUGCCCCCCGGCGUGA